AUGAGCAAGGCAAAAGCAGAAAGUCAGGAGGAGCAGUUAUCCGGGUUACGCCAACAACGCGCCACAAUGGAAAGAAAUUUAAAAAGCAUCGCCGCCAAAAUCGAACAAGAUAAGCAGGGUGAUCUUGCAGUCGUUGAAUGUCGAGCGGAAAUUUUGGAGGCAUAUUUUCAACAAAUUUGCCAAUUGCAAACGAAGAUUGAAAAAAUCGAUCCAGAUGACGAGCAUCGAGCCGAAAUUGAAGACUUAUUCGUCGCUGCAAAGGCAAUGAUAUCAAGGCGUAUAGGCAAGGGCAGAAAAGAUAAGCCUGAUGACUCCGGUGUAGUUAAUGUGACAAAUUGCUCCAAUAUCUUGCACCAAAGUCGUCUACCGUCAUUAAAGCUGCCUAAGUUUGAUGGCAAAUACGGUGAAUAUAAUCGCUUCAUUACAUCGUUUCGAAACCUGGUUCAUGAGGAUAAAUCUAUACCAGUCAUCGACAAAUUUAACUAUUUAUUGAGUUCUUUGUCAGGCAACGCAUUGAACGUCGUCGCACCGUUCCAAGUGUCAGAGGAAAACUACACAAAGGCACUCAAACAACUUGAGCAGCGCUACGACAAACGGGUAUUAAUAUUUUUAGAACACAUAACUAGCUUGUUCAACAUUCAAACCAUGCCAAAGCCGGAUCCAUCAAGUCUCCGCACAAUUCUAGACACAGUUUCUGCUCUCCGAGGUUCGUUGUUGUCUUUGGGCUCCGAGGCAGACGUUAUGAACGCGAUCAUUAUUUAA